CUCUGAACCCGGACAACCCCUUUAACUUGUUGGAGGCUAAUAAGAAGCUCCAGUCAAAAUACACAGUCACAAGCUCCCUUGAACAACAGUCUCUAAGACUCACCAGUCUGUAUGGCUCACUUUCACAGUUUCUUGAGUGACCCCUCUGAGGGCUUCCAGUCUCCAGAACCAAUUUCUCUCCAUAACCACUUCUAUAUGGCAGUAUCUCAGGGUCCACUUCUCCCUGGAAUUCACGCACGCUCUCACUGCCUCCAACACUGCAUGCACCUUAGUGGCUACCAACACACAAUCUCCUAACAGGUCUCUUUAUCGCUCAUGUGCUCACUGCUUACAUGGACCAAAGCUUCAGACUUCCAUGACCUAAGCCUUCUCCUUGGCACGUACUAUCUUCUGACUGAGCUGCACAGACUCCACAGGUCGAUAACCGAAAAUGGAAUCUGGUUAUGAAAUCAUCACCGAAGAAGAAGUGCAAGAAAUUAUACAAGCACUUAAGUCUGCUUUUGAAGAUGCGUCUCUCUAUGAAGCAGCUGAAAGACUCAGUGAGUCCCUUAAGGAAACAGAAAAUGCCCCGUUAAACAUUGCCAUCACAGGAGAAUCGGGAACAGGAAAGUCCACUUUUGUCAACGCUAUCUGUGGGAUGGAAGAUGAAGAAGAAGGCUGUGCCAAAACUGGUGUGGUGGAGACAACGAAGGAGCCCAUGUCAUACCCUCACCCGCAGUAUCCUAACGUGACUGUUUGGGAUCUUCCAGGAAUAGGAACUCCAAAUUUUGUAGCGGACAAUUAUCUUCAGUCUGUUGAGCUUAAUCGAUACGACUUUUUUAUCAUCAUUUCAUCAGAACGCUUCAAGCAAAAUGACAUUCUCCUGGCGACAGCGAUUCAGGCUAUGGACAAGAAAUUCUACUUUGUGAGAUCCAAAAUCGACUCAGAGUUGUAUGCCUGCAAGAAACUAAGAAAGAAGACCUACAAUAAAGAGAGCAUACUUAAUGAAAUCCGAGUUAACUGCAUUGAAAGUCUCAGAGUUAAAGGAAUUACUGAGCCUCAAGUGUUCCUUCUCUCAUGCUUGGAUCUGGACAAGUACGACUUCCUCAAAAUGCAGGAAACCCUAAAAAUGGAUCUUCCAAAACAUAAGAGACACAUAUUCCUGAUCUCUCUACCUAACAUUUCUCUGCCGGUGAUUGAAAAGAAGCAGGAGGCUCUGAGGAAGGACAUCUGGAAGUUUGCUACUCUUUCAUGUGCAGUGGCUACAGUACAGAUCCCAGAGCUGUCUCUAAUUUGUGAUGUAGAAAUCCUGGUGAAAGCCAUGAAAGGCUACCAAAAUGCUUUUGGCUUGAAUAACCAGUCUCUAGAAACUUUAGCCAACAAGUUUGGUAAAGAGGUCAGUGAGUUGAGAUCAGUGAUCAAGUCCCCUGUGGAUGUAAAAGAGAUAAUUAAAGAGCGUGCUACCAUUUUUCUAACCGGAGGAGACGUGGGGGCUCUCAAGAUAGCUGAGUAUAUUGCUAGCACCAUACCAGUGCUUGGUACCAUCCCAGCAUGGCACAUCUCGUUUAGUACCAUUUAUCGGAUGCUCUCUGACUUCCUUAACGAGACUACUGAAGAUGCAUAUCGGGUUCUUAGGAAGGCAUUAGAGUAACCCAUUUAAGUAUCUUUCUGCCAUAGAUUAAAGUAUAGGAACAAGGGACUUCUGGGGACAGAGCCGCAUCUUACCUGUGCUCACUCCUUGUUGCCUCGCCGUUGUGAGAGUAAUGAGGUCAUGGUCAACAUUAUACUCAUAUAAUGCAUAUAACAUGAAUGAUUAUAUCAUGCAUAUAUUCAUAUAGAUGAACCUUAUUUCUAUUAUAUGUAUAUCCUCUGAAGUUUAUCAUUUAUGCCACUGCUUCAUAACAACUUGGCAUUAGAACACAUUCUGAAGACCAUCUGUAAUCGUGCUGUAACAUGAAUAUUUGUGGGGAAAAGGGAGUAUUUCAUUCAAUUUGGAACACAAUGAAGAAGUUUGAGAAAUAUGUAGUGUGAGCAGAUAUAGAAAAAUGUUCUCAGGGAUUCUAGGAAAUGUUUUCUACAUAAUGGAUUCAGAUGGUUGGUAUACAUGUUCAAACUGGAUCCAGUUUCAGGGAACUGAACUUUUUAGAUUCUUGUCCAAAUAAACUAUUACCUAGUUUUAAAACUACAAGAUAUCGCCAAUAUGUUAUCACGUGCAAUUAUGUAAUGCGCCACGUUUAAUUUUUAAGUAUUGUAACCGCCUUGAAACACCCAAUUACUCCCAUUAUCAUAAAGGUAUCAUAAUAAAGAUUUCUGGGGUGGUCUCUCAGAGUAGUGUACUGUAUAUAUACAGUAUACUGUCCUCUUCAGACAAGCCUACAACCAGUGACCCUGCUGCCUCUAUACCGCCAUGAACAGCUUCACCCGCACCUACUGU